AGUCAUAAACGUGAAUGAAGCAAAUCAACUUCUUCUAUUUAGCAUGUGGAUCAUAUUCGAAUCGUAGUUAGUUUCUUUUUCAAUUUUCUGAUUUUGAUGAAAUCGUUUCGAAACUUGGAUUCAUUCAUCUACUCCCACCGUUUCAAAAGAAACUUUCAUUCAUGCACAUUCUUAUUUUUGUUUUAAAACUCAAAAGUGAUCUUCUAAAUGAUUAUACUACCGUGCACAUUAAUUGGAGAUCAGUUUUUGUUUACUAAUCAAAUUUUUUGUUUGUUAAAAGUAAGAUUAAAAAAAGACACAGAAGAUCCAUGACAGCAACACUUAACCGACCUGGUCCCUUAAAGUAAAGUCUGACAUAAGCUCUAAAAACUUAGUCAAAUGCAAAUUCGUAUUAUUGGGAGAAUGAGACUUUUUCUUUCCAGAGAUGUAUAUUCCCGAGAAACUGAGAGAACGUAUCUAAUCGGGAAGAAGUGAACACAACUCCACGUUCUUUGCCCGUCUCGUGGGUUACGCAUCAGCAGCUGGGUUUUGUCUGUCUAACUUCUUUAGAAAAACUUCCUUUCUUAUAGUUUGCCGUACGUUUAAAGGUGUUCUCUUCUCACUUCUUCAACACGAUUCUUCUUGAUGCCACAAACUCCAGAUUCUUAAAUCAAACAAAUCUUCUGUGUUUUGUUUUGAUCCUCUUUGAUCUUUGAUUUGAGUGUUAAUUUGUUCUCGAAAGGAGGUCUCUACGGAUUCAAUUGAAAUAUGCAGAAGAAACAAGAAGUUUCUGAGUACAGAGAGAGACUUAAUGAGACCUUGUCGUCUCAUGAGCUCUCUAAUGACGAAACUCUUAAAACCCUUAUCAAGAAACAGCUCAAUGAAGAGUGUAAUGUGGAUAUAUUGGAUCAGAGAGUAGCUGCUUUAUCCAGUACAAUUGAGAAGCUUAGGAGUGUAUCAAAAAAGGAUCAAGAACUGGCUAAAUCAAGCAAUGAUGCAUCUUAUGGUGAUUGGAAAUUGAAACAUGAUGAUGAAGAUUGUCGUGUUAUGUACCGUGAAGGACUUAAAGGAAGUCCAUUUCAUACACUGCUCGUUGAAGGUUGCAUUGAUGGAACUAUCGAAGACUGUUUAUGUGUAUGCUUGGAAUCAUCAUUCUAUGAGAAAUGGUGGCCAAAAUUGGCAUUUCCGUCAUUCAGGGUCUUAGAAUCUAAAUGCUUGCAAAAGUGUAGGAUCGAUGAACAGAUAUGUUUAGUGAGGGCGAAAGCACCGUGGCCACUCGCAGACAGAGAAGCUAUUUUGCAGUUUUUCGUAUUCGAAUACUUUAAAGACGGUUUAGUCAUCAUCCUAUUAAACUCGAUUGAAGUAGAGAGCAACGGUAUAGCUGAAUUUGUGAAUGCUGUGAGGAUUGAUUUCGUAGGCGGAGUUGCAAUACAAAAGGUGACUCAAGAGAGGAGUUACAUGAGAUUCAUAGCAGAAGUGGAUAUAAAGCUGGACUUGGUCCCUCCAUCUCUUAUUAAUUUUAUGUCUAGGCAGCUCCUCGGCAACGGUUUCAAACUUUUCAAGAAGACUAUAGGUUCGGUGGCUGAAUCCGAUGAUUACAAGAGAGUUUUAGCUGAUCCAUUGUACACUCAGAUACAUGAAGCUCUGUAUUCUACUGCUAAAGUAAAUGAGAAAGAACCCAAGUUGGAAGCUGAUGAUGAUCUAUAUAUGGCAAAAGGAAAUGAGACUCAACAUGGCGAGAAUGGAUCUGUACCUAGCAAAAGAGAUGUUCCGGAGAUCCAGGAAGAAGAUUGUGUAGAUGAAAAAGAAGAAGAUAAAAGUGUUCCCUCUUCUUCUUCUUCGGUAGAUGAUGAAAAUUUCACCGGGAAGACUCAAAACAAGGUUGGUAAAACACGUUUCUGCAUAAGUCCAGAGGUGAAGCAAGCUUUAGGGACACUAGAGAGAGUGAUUUCAAUGGUUAGAAAAUCCAAAACAGAUAACAAUUAUAAUACAUCAACCUCUUUGGGGAAAGAAGAAGAAGCAUCACCAAUGCAGCAUUCAGGGAGCACUCAUAUUGUUUCUAGUAACAAAGUUUGUAUCCAAGAUCCUAAAACUGAACUUCUUGAGGAAACAUCCUUUGCACAUUAUCACAAUAACAACAACAACAACAGCAACAGGCGAAGUGGAUCGAGUUCUUUUGCAAGAGAAGGAAACAAAAUAGCCCCUGCAUCACCCGAGAUCGAUCUUACAACAAACUCUGAGGUCCCAAGGAUAACAGUCUCACAAGCCACAACUCUAUUUAGCCAAACAAUAGAGAAUUGUGAAGACAAACCGAGUGGUUUAAAUGGAGGUAAGAGCUCAAGUCUGCAGAGGAAACGUAACAACUCGGGCUGCUUUGGUUUCAGGCUUUGCGUAAGGACUUGAAAACUGGCAUUGGUAAAAAAAAGCCAAAGAUUUUGUUUCUUUGAAGUUGCAUAUACAAAGGAAACAUCCAUUGUUUUCACUUCACUGUGGUUAGUGCUAAUAUUUUACAACGGUCUAGACCUUAUGAAUAAGAAUGAGCAAUUCGGUUGUAAAAGUUCUAUUAAUAAUUCCAAAUAAAUAUAAUAAGAUGAAGAGUUU